AUGACGCGUUGUACCGGAGUGUUGUUCUCCAGUUUCCAGAAUGAAUUCCAGAGUACCUCAGCCCAGACUGGUGCCAUCUCAAGUACCUUGAGCGGUGUAUUGGUGAAUCGGUUUGGGUGUCGCAUCACUGCCGUGGUCGGUGGUUUGAUGUACACUGUGGGCAUGAUUGGCGUCACCUUAGCUCAGAAUAUCUACCUGAUGUACGUCAUGUCUGCUGUAGUAGGGAGUGGCACCGGGGUUGCAUUUGCAGCCGCAAAUGUCAUAGUCGCUCAGUAUUUUAAGAAAUACUAUCCACUAGCGUGUGGAAUUACGACCGCUGGAUACGGCCUCGGAUUUGUCAUUUUCGGCCCUUUCAUUCAAUUCUUAGCGGACACCUACGGCUGGAGGGGAGCAAUGUUGGUGACCUGUGCAAUUACUGGCAAUGUAUGUGCUGCAGGAGUUGCCUUUCGGCCAAAACAAUUAUCUCGUAAGGGAGUGACAGUUACUGCGGAUGAUCACGAGGAAUCAGGUGAACAUCACGUUAUCCCCACUUUGUCUACAAUAGCCUGCAGGAAUCCACUUAAGUGUUUAUUGUACGAAACAGUCAAGCUCUUGAGAUUGAACUUGCUUUGUCGGAGCUACCGUUUUUCCAUGUUGUGCUUCGCCGAAACAACUUUCAUCCUUUGCCACGGGUCCUACCUUGUCUACCUCGUUCCCCUUGCCAAUUCCUCCGGCAUUGGAGACCAACAGGCUGCCUUGCUCAUAACUGCCUUUGGGGUGGGCAGCUUCAUAGGCGUCCCUCUCAGCGGUCUCCUAAGCCAAAAGGUGUCAACUUUAGUAUUGUACGAAGUAGCGAUGUUUGCCAGUGGUUGUUUCGUUCUGGUCGUACAGCUGCAGACUUACCCUUUCUACGCCAUCUCCUCCGCCAUGUUUGGUUUGUCAUUGGGGUUCCAGUAUACAGCUCGCCAAGUGAUGAUGCUUGAGUUUGUUGGUGUAGAUAAUUUGGGCUCAGCUCUUGGAAUCUUCAGUGCCAUUGGAGGGGUCUUUGAUCUUAUAGGCCCUAUAGCAGCAGGAUCCCUGUACGACGCCAGUGGAAGUUUUUCUGUUGUGUUCUACGUCUUGGCUGGAUCGUCUUUCGUUGGAUUCCUGGCGAUGCUGUCUAUACCCUUGUUGAAGAAGAUCGAGCCAGGUGUGUACACCGAGGUGGCAGUACAGAAUGUCUAG